ACAACAAAAACCUACAUACCUUUCCUCACACACAAACACAAACAUAGUUCAAAACAAAAGGUACCAUGUUGUUCAAACCUAUCACCAUGUUUAUGUUUCUCAUUUUCAUCAUAAACAUAGUCUUAGUAACCUCAGCAGAUCUAAAACCUGGGUAUUACUCAAAAACAUGUCCACAAGCUGAAACCAUUGUCAGAGAUGUUAUGAAAAAAUCUCUUGCAAGAGAACCAAGAAGUGUUGCCUCUAUUAUGCGCUUUCAAUUUCAUGAUUGCUUUGUUAAUGGGUGUGAUGGUUCUUUGUUGCUUGAUGAUACACCAACCAUGCUUGGAGAGAAAUUGGCCCUUUCAAAUAUAAAUUCACUUAGAUCAUUUGAAGUUGUUGAUGAGAUUAAGGAGGCAUUAGAGAAAGCUUGCCCUGGAAUUGUUUCUUGUGCUGAUAUCAUAAUCAUGGCUUCAAGAGAUGCUGUAGCACUGACAGGAGGACCAGAUUGGCAGGUGAAGCUAGGAAGAUUGGACAGCUUAUCAGCAAGUCAAGAUAACUCAAGCGAUAUCAUGCCAAGUCCAAGAUCCAAUGCAACCACUCUCAUCAAUCUCUUCCAAAAAUACAACCUCAAUGUGAAGGACCUUGUAGCGCUCUCAGGAUCACACUCUAUCGGAAAAGCUCGUUGUUUUUCGAUUAUGUUUAGGCUAUACAAUCAAUCCGGAAGCGGAAAGCCUGACCCUGCAAUCGAUCCCGGUUUUAGAGCAGAGCUUGACAAGCUAUGUCCACUAGAUGUUGAUCAAAAUAAGACAGGGAACCUUGAUGCAACUCCUGUGGUUUUUGAUAAUCAAUAUUUCAAGGAUUUGGUUGGUGGAAGAGGAUUUCUCAAUUCUGAUCAAACACUUUUCACAUUCCCUCAAACACAAGGGUUUGUGAGGUCAUUUAGUAUUGAUCAAAAUGAGUUUUUCAAAGCAUUUGUUGAAGGAAUGUUGAAAUUGGGUGAUUUGCAAUCCGAUCAGCCUGGCGAGAUUAGGAAAAAUUGCAGAGUUGUCAAUCCUCGCCCUGCGCCACACGUCCUGUAUUAACACAUGACACAUAUUCUCAUAUAACUUUUGUCAUUCUCAUAAUAUACACCAUAUAUAUAUAUAACCGAGUGUCAUUCAUGACAAUCAUAUACUUCUUAAAUAGUAGAAUAAAAACCAACCAGCAUGUGUGUCCAUAUUUCCAUUUCUUCACAUAGUUGUAACAGAAUUUG